GACCACUACCCCCACGUCCUUCACUGGUUUACUCUGCACGAUGGCUGCGGAUGCUGCGGAUGUUCUCUGCAGCAUCCUGCAUCCGCACCGGCUUCAUGUUCUCCUCCUGACUGUCACCCUCUCCACUGUGCCAGCCCGGACAGCGGUCCUGCUCGGUGUCCGGCCAGAGGACACACAGAGCGGAGAACUCUCACUGAAGGACGGGAUGCUGAGAGCCACGGAGGGGACGCGUUUCAUGCUCAGGGUUUACUUCUCUGCAUCUCCACUCACGGAGCAGCAGCCCAUGGAGAACUCCAGUGCUCCACCUGCUCCGUGGAUCGCGUUCAUUGAGGAACCAGUCGAGGACGGCGGGAAUGCGGAGCAGAGGCACAACGAGGGAAAUCCGUGCGCGGAUGAGAACGCCCGCAGCUCGGACAUAGAGCUACUGGGAUCCUUCAAAUCCACUCUCAGUCACAACUCUGUCCUGGUGGAGCUGCUGGCCAAAGACUUGCGCAGAGGUGAAGUGGUAAAGUACUACUCCAUGUGCGCGUUUGACGGGGUGAGAUGGGAGCACAUGAGCACACAGGACUUCUGGCUGGCAGUUGUGGAGAGAUCACAGGAGGCAGACGUGUGGUUACAGGCCGGGGUGUCAGUGCUCCUUCUGGGACUGUCCGCGCUCUGCAGUGGGCUCAACAUCAGCAUGCUGGCCCUGGAUCCCGUGGAGCUGCGCGUGCUGCAGAACAGUGGCACCGAGAAGGAGCAGAAGUAUGCGCGUAAGAUUGAGUCAGUUCGUAAACACGGCAACUACAUCUUGUGCACUGUUGUGCUGGGAAACGUGCUCACAAACACAUGCUUUGUUGUUUGGAUGUGCCAAAUCUUAGGCAUGACCGCGCUCUCCACCGCGUUUUGUACACUGGGCAUCUUUUUUAUUGGAGAGAUUUUACCUCACUCUGUUGCGUCCAGGCACAGUCUUGCCAUUGCCUCCAAGACCCUGUGCGCCACGCGCCUGCUCAUGCUGGUGUUCCUUCCCAUCGCGUAUCCUGUGUCCAAAAUCCUUGACAUCAUGCUGCGUCAGGAGAUCAGCAGCUUCUACACCAGGGAGAAGCUGGUGGCAAUGCUGCGCGUCACUGACCCAUACCACGACCUGGUCAAAGAGGAGCUGAACAUCAUCCAAGGAGCACUGGAGCUCAGGACUAAGACGGUGGAGGACGUACUGACGCCCCUAUCCGACUGCUACAUGAUUUCCUCAGAUGCAGUGCUGGACUUCUGCACUAUGUCAGACAUAAUGCAGAGCGGAUUCACGCGGAUCCCUGUGUAUGAGAACGAAAGGUCCAACAUUGUAGACAUCCUCUUUGUCAAAGACCUAGCCUUUGUGGAUCCGGAUGAUUGCACUCCUCUCAAAACCAUCACUCAGUUUUACAAACACCCUAUGCACUAUGUGUUCAAUGACACCAAGCUGGAUGUGAUGCUGGAGGAGUUUAAAAGAGGGAAGUCUCACCUGGCCGUGGUGCAGCGGGUCAACAGUGAGGGAGAAGGAGACCCGUUCUAUGAAGUCAUGGGCAUCGUCACUCUGGAAGACGUCAUAGAGGAAAUCAUCAAGUCUGAGAUUGUAGAUGAGACUGACCUGUACACUGAUAACAGAACCAAAAGAAGAGUUUCCAACCAUGAAAGAAAACAUCAGGAUUUCUCCAUUUUCAAACUGUCAGAAAAUGAAAUGAAGGUGAAGAUUUCUCCUCAGCUCCUACUCGCAACGCAUCGUUUCUUGGCCACAGAGGUGGAACCCUUCAGGCUGUGUCACUUGUCAGAGAAGAUCUUACUGCGCCUCCUGAAACAUCCCAGUGUCGUUCAAGAGCUCAAGUUUGACCCUAAGAACAAGCACGCCCCCCAACACUACCUCUACCAGAGAAACAAGCCUGUGGACUACUUCGUCCUCAUUCUCCAGGGCCGGGUGGAAGUAGAAAUCGGAAAAGAGGCUCUGCGCUUUGAAAACGGCGCAUUUUCGUACUACGGGAUGCCUGCGCUUAUUCCUCCACUGGCUUUUAGUGCCAGGUACAGCUCCAGGGGCAGUGGUCUGAACCAGUCCGACUCUUUGCUGAGUGGAGGCAGCGUGGGGCAGCUCUCCACAGGGAUCUACUUACCCGACUACACAGUCCGACAGCUCACCGACCUCCAGAUUAUCAAGAUCACUAGGAACCACUACCAGAACGCCAUAACUGCCACUCGGAUGGACAGUUCUCCUCAGACUCCAGAUCCCAUGGACACUAAAGGCCGGCCCCCCGUCCCAGAGGCUCGGUCCCACAGCAUCGCUCUGCCCCUGACACAUGUCAGCACAAGGCUGGGCCUGGCCCGCCUCGCACGCCUCCAUCCACACGGGGCACUGCACAGCACAACUCACCUCAAUGAGAGGAACCGCAUUGUCCGCAGUAAAUCUGACGGCCAGAGGAGUCCAAAUGACAGUGUCUUUCUUCACAUGGAUGAGAUUCCUUAUAUCCACGAAGACCGACCUGAACAUUAUGAUAACGACAUGCCGGACUCGCCCCCAUCCACCUCCCCCUUCAUCAGCUCUCUGUCUCUGUCCAGCUCAGAGGAAACCAUCGGGAAGAAGCUCCUGCGUAAACUGAGCAACAAGAGGAGAAAAAAGUCUCUGGAUCGACAGAAGAGUUUAGAGGAAGGAUCAGAGGGGUCACCAGAGAUAAGCUAGCACAAAACUCUCCUCUGCAUCACCACCGACAUCACAGUUUCAUCGUCUUCGUUACAUUACCAGCGCACACUCACCGCCCUCAUAGGAGCCAGACGUCCUCCUGACUGUAGCCAACACCGAUUCUCAGGUUCACACUGUCCUCCCUGUGCCUGCCCAGAAUAAUAAGAGGGACACAUCUGAAAUACAAAAUGAAAACUUCUGUGUUAUAAUCAGAUAUAGCUGAUUUUUACAGCUGUGCAUGAAGCUACAAUCUAUAUUUAACCUUAACGAAUAAGUGAAUGAAUCUUAUUUAUGUGUCAGCGAUUGAAGUGGAAAGAUUCACUUAUAACCCAGUUUAACGAGAGCGUUUUGUUUGAGUCUGUGAUAGCAUAACUUAAUAUUUGUGGCUCUUAAAUGAAAGCCUGGUUUGCACAAGAACUUGCACUAAUUUUACCUCAAUGGUGCCACCUACUGUCGGAUAAGAACAGUACAUAGCCAUUGACUAAAAGGGAAAAGCCACUACAUCAACAGCACAAUAAUAAGAGAACCCAUCUUUAUACUAUGUUUAAAAUUUUAAAAAGCCAUGGAAUAUCAUCUGCCUGGUUAAUGAGAAACUUAAAAUCUUACUCUUAACAGGUGGAAUCAUAGAAAUAUAACAUUUUUUCAAUACUUGACUUAAGAGUAGCAAUAUAAAGGACCACGCCAACAAGUUCCUUUCCGUGACCCUAAGGUUGAUUUACAAAGGUGUGCAUUGCCUCCCUCGUUUUAAUCUCUCUUUUAGGUCUCACAAAAGCUCUUCUUCCUGUUAUUUCAGAUAGGUAGAUCUAGUUCUCGGGAGUAGAGCUGUAUAUCACAUUUCUGUCGUAUGGGUUCUUGUCAGGUCAAAGACAAAAGCCUUUCAACAAUAAGCAGGAAAAGGAAGAAGUCGUUAAACUGGACACCAAUUUGCAUGUUUAUAUACGCUGCUUUCACUGUAGAAGUGGACCCCUACUUUAUCCAAAUGCAUGUUUUAGCUGCUGCAUGCACAUAGGCUGAAUCUGCCUGUAGUUCUGUUUACUCUGCGUUGUGUGUUAUAUCAGAUAAGUUCAUGUCAGGUCAGAUCCGAGCACCGAGGAGCGCAGAAAUAAGGAAACCAAAUAGAUGAAGUUUACUGUGUUUAAGUGGGUUUAAGUGAGUUUCUACAGAGUGCACAAGUUCAUUUAUUUAAAAGGGAACUGCUGCUAAGCCAUUGUUGUAGAUAAAAUGCAAUAAUAAAGUGGAUUUAUU